AUGAAAAUAACAUGUACAGUGACUCACUUCUCACUGAUGGCAGCCAGCUUUACCGUGUGGAAUAGGUAUGACAGUGUCUUGGAAAGGGCCUGGAGUGGAUGGGUCUCAUUAUCUAUAAUGGGGAUUUAUUUUAUGCCCAAUCAUUAA